AAUUAUAAGGCAAACUGUUUUUCAGAUGAGUUUCCUCUGCUGACAACCAAGCGUGUGUUCUGGAAGGGUGUCCUGGAGGAGUUGCUGUGGUUCAUCAAGGGAUCCACAAAUGCUAAAGAACUGUCGUCCAAGGGAGUGAGAAUCUGGGACGCCAAUGGGUCCCGUGACUUCCUGGACAACCUGGGAUUCUCCAGCAGGAAAGAAGGAGAUUUAGGCCCCGUUUAUGGCUUUCAGUGGAGGCAUUUUGGGGCAGACUACAAAGAUAUGGAUUCAGAUUAUUCCCAUCAAGGAGUAGACCAACUGCAAAAGGUGAUUGACACCAUCAAAACCAACCCUGACGACAGAAGAAUCAUCCUGUGUGCUUGGAAUCCAAAAGAUCUUCCUUCGAUGGCCCUGCCUCCGUGCCAUGCCCUCUGCCAGUUCUACGUGGUGAACGGUGAGCUGUCCUGCCAGCUGUACCAGAGGUCAGCAGACAUGGGGCUAGGUGUGCCCUUCAACAUCGCCAGCUACGCCCUGCUCACCUACAUGAUCGCACACAUCACCGGCCUGAAGCCAGGUGACUUCGUGCACACGUUGGGAGAUGCACACAUCUACUUGAAUCAUAUUGAGCCGCUAAAAAUGCAGCUUCAGCGAGAACCAAGGCCUUUCCCGAAGCUCAAAAUCCUUCGAAAAGUUGAGACAAUCGAUGACUUCAAGACGGAAGACUUUCAGAUUGAGGGGUACAAUCCUCAUCCGACUAUUAAAAUGGAAAUGGCCGUUUAGAGUGCUUUUAAAGUUGUUUGAAGGAUACUGCCUUUAGGGGUUGGAAUGGAUGCUUAGGUGAAAAUUCUUUUUGUUCUAAAGAAGGAAGUAGGUCAAAAAUCAGUUGGUAACUGUCAGUUAUUACUCAUUAACUUAAGACUGUUACCACUGGCAAAUAGAGCUGUACUGACUCUCUUAGUAAUAAAAUGCCUUAACUGAAUGAGGAUGUAUGAAAAUACUGAGAUGAUGAAUAAAGUGAAGACAGUAAAAACGUAUGUACUUUAAAAAUAUGUACAUGCAUUUCACUCCCACAUUUGUAUGGUUAAUGAUUUCAAGAAUUGUAAAUUAUUCCCUCACAUUUGAGCCAGCUGAAUAACACCAGUCAUGAUAAUGUAUGGUUGGUGUGGUUAUGAAUAUUUAAAGUUGUUUGUUUUAUAUAUUGUUAUAAUAAAGAAGAGUUCUGCAUUCA